AUGACGCCCCUCGUGGCCGCGGCCUACGAUCAGCUGGGCGUCGCUGUCGGCCUACCCAACGGCACCUUCUCUUCAUUCGAGAUGGAGUUUUGCCAGCCUAGAGCACGUUCAUGCAGGCGUCCUCCUUCGAACUUUCCGCUGGUGCUAUUCUCCCCUGGCUGGGGCAACCCACGCCUUCUCUACGGCGCGAUGGCUCGCGAGGUGGCCAGUUAUGGCUUUGCUGUCGUUACGAUCGACCACCCUUACGACCCUUCUUUUGUUGAGUUUCCUGAUGGAACCGUGUAUCAGGCUGUGAGUCUCGACACCGACAAUACCACACAAUUAGAAUCUCUCACCCAGGUUAGUUGUACCCCGAGUAGUCCAACCCCAUUAAUGGCGUCAACCUCGCGCACGAUUAUGUUUGGCCACUCUUUGGGGGGCGCUACGGCGGCGGCUGCAAUGUUGCAAGAUUCGCGCAUCUUAGGUGGCAUCAAUUUGGACGGCAAGCUUCUCGAUCCCGUACUCAACGCAGGUCUCAGUCGGCCCUUUACUCUCGUUGGCCGGCCGGGACACUCGACCGAUGAUCCGACCUGGGACGUCUUCUUUCCCGCUCUGCGAGGCUCAAAAGCUCUCCUGACUGUCAGCAACACCACGCACGGGGCGUUCACAGAUUUCCCCAACCUCAUUUCUUCACUGAACCUUACUUUGGCUGAAGCAGCACGCUCUUUGUUGGAGAGCGAACUUGGGACUCUCGAGUUUGGCAGGAUUGGAAAGGUCGUUGCUGGAAUCGUUGGGGCUUUUGCUGAUUUGGUGUUGCAUAAGCGGGUUAAGUCUGUCUUCACCAAGGCGGGUGAUCCUGCUUUUCCGGAGGUUGUGGGAACCAGCAUCAACGUCUAA